GGAGCAAAAACUGCCGCCUCCUGUGCACCUGUGGGAACAUACCAUUGUUUGUUGUCUGUACUUACAACGUUUACUAUACUCGAAUAACAUGUUUUCCUGAGGGGGGGAAAACAUCGCUCGACUAUGUGGAACGAUUUUCAUCGGCCACAUAGCGGGGUCCUGGUGGAUUUUGGAACAUCAACGGGAUAGACGGCGACGCUGUAGUGGAAGAAUAGAGGGAACUCUACGCGGUGAUGGGAAAUAUGAUACGUGUGACUCUGUUGCUGCUGCUGGUGUACCUUCCAACAGAGGUGCUGUGCAUCCAGGUGAUCGUUCCAGAGACGGAAAGAAGCACCAUGUUGUUUGCAUCUGUGAUCCUUCGCUGCGACUUCUCCACCUCUGCAAACCCACAGGAUGUGCUGGUUACCUGGAGAUUCAAAUCCUUCUGUAAAGACCCAAUUUUGGAGUACUACUCCACAAGCUACCAGGCCUCCCUGCAACUGGGUCAGGACCCAUCCAACGACUGCCCAGACCGCCAGCGCACAGUCCGCACUGUGGUCCAAAAGAGAGGCCUCAAUGAGCCCAUACUGGGUGUCGAUUACCGGAAUCGCAAAAUUACCAUUCAAAACAAGGCUGAUCUGGCUAUCACUGAGGUGAUGUGGUGGGAUAACGGCGUGUACUUCUGCACCAUCGAUGCCGCCGGUGACACAUCGGGUGACUCGGAUCGAGAAAUUAAACUCAUCGUGUAUCACUGGCUGACGGUGCUGUUAAUCAUCCUGGGCGCCCUGCUGCUCAUCAUGCUCUUGUGCAUAUGUUGCUGUCAGUGCUGCCCGCAGAAGUGCUGCUGCUACGUACGUUGCCCUUGCUGUCCCAAGACCUGCUGCUGCCCGGAAAAAGCUGUGAUGCAACACAGGAUGUUGCGUGAGGCCAAGAGAGCUAUGGCGCCUUGGAUGCACGGUCAACCCAUAUACGCUCCUAUCAGCUCCAACAACUCCGUCCAGGGUGUCCCCAUGUUGUAUUCAGGCUCUUACUCAGACCCAGGUAAACAAAACUUUCCCAUGGCGCCCAUGCAGCUGUCCCCCAUGAUGCUUCCUCAGCAGGCCGCCCCCCCGCUCCACCUGAAUGGCAGUGCUGCAGGCAGCCUCCAAAGCAACCGACAUGUGUUGGAUUACCUGGAGAACCAGGUGAGGGGGUUGGAUGUGCCGAUGCAUCCUGUUCAGAAUGUGCCCCCGCUAGUGGUUCAGCCUCAGCCGCCACCCCCUGUUGUGCCCUACACCCCCGGCCCCCCCAGCAUGCUGUCGGCCCUCGAUGAGAUGGGUGUAAGGGGCACGGAGAGAAGGGUGAUCACGCUACCUCCCAUCAUCCAGCGUGUUCCCAGCUUUUCCUCCCGCAGGGGACCCCGAAGUGGGGAGCCAGACAGAGGGGGGAUACGUUUUUCUAGCCAGUCCAGCGGUAGUACCAACCCCUCGCGAAGGGGUGUACAACAACGUAGAUACAGAGACCAUUCUCCUCCAAGACGGGGAAUCCUGCGUGAGUACAGCGACGACUCCGAUUGGGAAGGGAGGCAAGGAAGAGGGAACCACCGCAUCCAGAGGGACCAGAGCAGUGUCGGGUCCAGGCCUCUGACCCGCAGCCGCGACAACCUGAUGGAGGAGCUGCAGAGCAGAAGCACACGAAGGGAGAGGAGCUACUCACCUCCACGCCACAAGCGCUCCUGGAGCUCGGAUGAAGAGGACAGCAGCAGGCGAAGGGCGGCUAGAGAGAGGCAUUGGCCCGAGAAGCCCCCCAGCUACUCCAGUGUGGAGAGCCAACAUGGACACGCCAGCGACCGCAGGAACCACAUCCGUCUUUCCGAUAGGAGCUCCCGUAGCAACACCAGCGUAGUCAUCUGAAGCAUUUCUUUGAUAGCAAAAACUGCAAAAGUAAGCUGCAUCCUUCUCUGUAUGUCACUUGAGAAUAGACUUGUUUUUAGUUUUUGUUAUUUGUAGUAGUAAGUAGUCAAUAUUUGUAUGCCAAAGUUAAUCAUUUGAGUGUUUGUCUUUUUUUUAACUCAUCAAAAUAUUGGAAGUUUUUCGUCUUUUUUUUCUACUUCGACACAUAAAUAGACUGACAACCAUGACAACUGUACUACGGUAUCUGGGAGAGGAAACUCGACCUCGCAGGAAACCACUCUACUCAUCAGUUUUACUGUAAUGUUGUUUGAUGUGUGUGUUAUGUUGUUGUUCUGAAUAAAACACAAUUUAAAUCCAGA